AUGACACAAUUUUGCUAUAAUCGCGGUUGUCAAAAGAAUUUUACUUCAGUAAACGAUCCAUCUGUAGAUGAUACAGCUUGCCAGUAUCAUCCUGGUUUACCUUACUUUCAUGACGCUUAUAAGAUUUGGUCUUGUUGUCAAAAGAAAUCUCACGAUUUUAAUACAUUUCUGUCUCUGCCAGGUUGUACACGUGGUCCUCAUCAACCCAAUAAACCUAAAGAGCCAGUAGCUCCUCAAUCUAAUGAACAGCCACAGGUGACGACAUCCAAACCUGUUCCUCGGCAAGAAAUGCCCAAACCUCAAACACCUGAUGUUCAGCGACCGCCGAUAGAUGCUCCACUGAUACCAAUGAAAUUAACUGUCGGAGCAAGCCUACGAACCGCACUCGACAAAUUAUCCAAUACAGCGAAGACCAAUACAAAUGAAAUAGAACAAAUUAACGAUGAAAUUAAACCUGGAACGCCGUGCAAGCAUGCUGCAUGUGGUGCUCGAUAUACCACCGUUGAAGAAGAACAAGCGACACCAUGCAGAUUUCAUCCAGGUGUGCCAAUUUUCCAUGAAGGUAUGAAAUUCUGGUCGUGCUGUCAAAAAAAAACUACCGAUUUCGAAUCGUUUACUGCUCAACCUGGUUGUUCUGAAGGCGAACAUUUAUGGCAAAGUGAAAAACCUGAAUCGACCGAUGAAGAGGAUCCUGAGACAUUGAAAAAAUCAUGCCGUUACGAUUUUCAUCAGCAAGGCUCAUCGGUCGUACUUAGUAUUUAUGCAAAAAUGCCACGUCCAGAUCAAACUCAAGUCGAAUUAAAUGCGGGUCGUUUAAAAGUCGAUGCCCGAUUUGGAACCGAUACGAGAACCAAACGUUUUUGCAACGAAUGGGAAUUAUUCGGAUUAGUUGAUGUUGAUCGUUCAACUGUGGAAUUACUACAGACGAAAAUAGAAAUUAAUCUAAAGAAAGCCGAAGCACUCAGCUGGCCACGAUUAGAUCGUCCGUUACAAUUGAGUUAA